GUCGACCGGCGAAAGGAGCAUAGGAGGAGGAGGAGAAGGAGGCGUUGGCGCAUCACACCACCGCCACCACCUCCGCCGCCGCAGCCGCCGCCGCCGCUGACGCACAAGAACCCGCCGGAGCGUGAGGUGGGGGGGUCUCACACACCUGCCACACGGUGCGGCAGAAACACCUGACUCGAAGAGAGCAGCUGAUCAGAAUGAUCAAGAACGGCCACCAUCACCAACACCACAACCACCAGGUGAGCCCGGCGCCCGGGAAAGACGCAGGCGCGACGUGCAGCCCGGAGAAGAGGAGGAGGAGAAUCCGAGUGUGGUGCGAUGGCUGCUACGACAUGGUGCAUUACGGCCACUCGAACCAGCUGCGACAGGCCAAGGCUAUGGGAGAUUACCUCAUUGUUGGAGUGCACACAGACAGUGAGAUUGCAAAGCACAAAGGCCCACCGGUCUUCACUCAGGAAGAAAGGUACAAGAUGGUCCGGGCCAUUAAAUGGGUGGAUGAAGUUGUAGAGGGAGCCCCUUAUGUCACAACCCUCGAGACGCUCGACAAGUACAACUGUGAUUUCUGCGUUCAUGGAGAUGAUAUAACUCUAACUGUAGAUGGGAAAGACACGUACGAUGAGGUGAAGAAGUCAGGACGCUACAGAGAGUGUAAGAGGACGCAGGGAGUUUCAACCACAGACCUUGUGGGCAGGAUGCUGCUCAUGACCAAAGCACACCACAGCAACAUCGAUAGUUCAGACUAUCAGCAGCACAAAGACAACUUUGGAAAGGGCCACAGUCCCUGGACAGGAGUGUCUCAGUUCCUGCAAACUUCUCAGAAGAUCAUCCAGUUCGCCUCAGGCCAGGAGCCUCAGCUCGGAGACACCAUCAUAUACGUAGCAGGAGCAUUAGACCUUUUCCACAUUGGACACGUGGACUUCCUGGAAGCGGUGCAUAAGCUUGCAGAGAAGCCGUACAUCAUAGUUGGAUUGCACUUUGAUCAAGAGGUAAAUCGUUACAAAGGGAAGAAUUACCCCAUCAUGAAUGUCCAUGAGAGGACCCUCAGUGUCCUGGCUUGCAGGUACGUAUCAGAGGUGGUGAUCGGUGCACCCUUUGCUGUCACAAAAGAUUUGUUGGAUCACUUCAAGGUGGAUCUUGUUUGCCACGGGAAGACAAAUAUAUAUCCUGAUAGGGAUGGAUCGGAUCCUUACGCCGAGCCAAGGAAAAGAGGGAUACUGCGAACUGUCGACAGUGGGAACAGCCUUACUACGGAUGCAAUUGUGCAAAGAAUAAUCAAAAACAGGCUGCUAUUUGAGGCGAGGAACCAGAAGAAAGAAGCCAAAGAGAUGGCUGUGAUCCAAGCUAUGAAGCGACAAGAGGAGGAAAAGAGUAAAGAAAGAGCUCAAGCUCUUCUUUAAGCCGUCAGCCUUAGAGCUGUGGCUUUAACUCAACACAGACCAGCUAAGUUCAUCCUAACUCCUGUACAGUAAAACCAACUCUUUCUCCACAUGAUCCUGCUGAACAACAGCAGGGAUAUUAAACCUGUGUGUUCCGCUGUUUGUACAGAACCUUAAAUAAUAAAAAAAAAUGAAGAUGUCAGUAUAUCUUCAAAUUUCUAUUUUAUGUCUUUGGACAUUUUAAACCGUUGUUAUUCUUUGCCUUCAGAAAACAACUUUAUUAUCUACUUUUAACACAUGAGAUGUGCAGACUUGAGCUCUUGGUCAAACUUUUAAAUAUUAGGAGGUGAUUUGAUCUGUCGUUUCCACAGGGCUGUUGCUGCUUUUUGCACAGCGACAAGCCGAACCCCACGUCUAAUUCAUGUGCAUAUAUAAUGUAUCUAUAUGGACGUAUUAGAGUGUGUUUGUAGACUCUGCAGGCUGCGGAAACCACUGGAAGGUCAUGGAAACCAUUUCCCUGCCUCUCCGUACUUUCUUCAAAUGUUGAGACUUUGAAUAUUUUGGGACCUCAUGUGUGCAAACAGUAUCUGCACUGACUGCUCAGAAAACAACAAAAAAUGAUGAUUAUUAUUAUUUUUUUUACUUAUAAAUGCACAAUGUUAAGACCUAAAGGUCUGGCUUUUUGAGUGCUAAUGUUUUUAUUUUAUUUUAUUUUAUUUUUUAAUCAACACUUCUUAGAGAUAUUUACAUAUUUUAACUUAAAACUUCCAGAGUGUAUUUAAAAAAGAAACAUAACAAAAGUUAAAUGUUGUUGCCUUGAACAUGGAGUACAUUUCAUACAGUCUCUUGAGUCCUGAGUAAUUUAACCUCUGUCUUUAUCAGUUGGGAUGAUUAAAUAAUAUAAAUAUUUUUUGUAGAUGUAUAUUUGACUUCCCUCCUCCAUGUGAACUGCUGUACAGAUGGUACCAUAUUGUUUCAAAGCAUAAGACAGUGUGUCGUUAGCAGCUGAAAUGUGUUUAAUGUAGAUUAUGAUAUAUUGCUUAUGUUAUUGAUCGCUCCCAGUUGUAGACAUUGAGUUUAUAGUAUAUUAUUGUUAAUAAAAUAAUAUUCUCAAAAA